AAAAGUGUACCACAUGAAGAAUCAUUGCACAUAACCAAUCCAAAGCAGCAGGUGCAAGUGCAGCAAAGUUAUAGAAACUGCCAAGCAACAAGCAAGUUGAAAGAAAUCUUCAAACAUCUCCUUUUAUAUAAAGAGAGUGCCCGAGCAGAACACACUAACAGGUGAUGGCAGAUGGUCUUUAGCAUUGUUCUUUAUGGUAAUGUGAAUGUAUAACCUUUUUACACAAUGCACAGGUACUAUUGUGUGCAUGGGAAGUCAAUAUUGGUGAAGUACAGUAUUAGCUGGAUAUACACAAAUGAAACGUUAAGUGUUUGAUUGAACAUUUGGUAAGCGUUUGUUAUAUAAUACUGAAACCCUAAUAUCACUGGAUGUGUAACAUAUUCUAUUUCUUUUCUAUGAGAAAUUAUGUGCUACGUACACAAAAAGACAUUUUGGAGCAUUAUGUGCCAUCUAGCCUACUGCUACAGUAUAACAAUAAGGAAGAGAAAAUUACAGACACAGAAGGACGUUUGGAAUCCUGUUCUGUCAUCUAGUCAACUGCAGGCUUUAACAUUAAGAGAAGAGAAUGUCGCAAAACGCACAGCCCGCCGGACCGCCCCCAUCGAGCGGCGGCAAACGAGAAGAAAAUAAUCAGCAGAAAGGGAAAAGAAAAACAUGUGAAAAGUGUAAAGGUCACGGCCAUAAGGCUGAAAAAUGUCCCACUGACGGGACAAAUAAUAAUGUGCGCUGUUAUAGGUGUCGGGGGCAGGGGCACAAAAAAAAAAAACAAUGCCCCACACAACCUCAAAAGAAGAACAACAACAAGACGAAAAGAGGCAAUGCAGCUGCAGGCGGUGGCAGUGGUGGGGCAAAGCAUAUAUUGAUUUCCAUAUUUAGGGGAGUGCUUUUGGUGCCUCCUCUAAAUAUGGAAAUUAAUUGUUACCUGGUAGACAAACUGUUGUCUCUUUAUUAAUACAUGUUUUGACAUUUAUUAUUUUAUAUAAUACACCUAUUUCAAAUGAGCUUGCAAUACCAAUGUCACAAACUGCAGUGCUUCAAAGAUAUCAAAUGAGCCAACAAAUAAGCAUAGAUCAAAGCUUACCCAUGUUUCUUUUUGUGUGUCUUUUGAAUGAACCAAUCAGCAUUACCACACAUUGAUCCUCCAAUGCAAUACCUUGUUUGAAAUAGGUGUAUAAUAUAUAUUUAAAAAAUAUUGUAACCUGUUAUAUUUUAGUAUUCUUGAUCUAAAUAACCAAUAGGUUCUCAUGACAAUACAAUAUUUGAUUAGGUUGUGCAUGAUUUUUCAUAGCCAAAUUAUCAAUGAUAAGACACAAGCAUAAUUUUAUAAAUGAAGACUUUUUAAUGAAUCAUUUUAUUUUUUCAUGUCAAUGCAAUAUUUAUAUUGUGGUGUGCACAAUUUUUCUUAGCCAAAUUAUAAAGGAUAGGACACGAGCCUAACUUUAGAAAUGAAUAAUUUUUGAAUGAACCAUUUUAAUUUCCUGUGUCAAUACAUUAUUUUUAUUAUGGCUUGCACAAUUUUUCACAACCAAAUUAUAUGUGAUAAGACACCAGCCUAAAUAAAUGCUUUUAAAUUAAAAGCCAUGAUCUCUUAAUAAUUCAGAAUAACACCUUUUUUAACAUCAUGCAUUUUUCCUACUUACGUGUAUACACCACUUAAUAGCAAUCCCAUACUGCUGGAUUUCAGCUUUGACUUUUUCAUGUCAAAUAAUGGUACAUAAUUUGUACAAUGAUAAUAAAAACAAGCAUUUUCUAAAAGGCACCCAUUUGUUAAUAAAAGUAUUUAUUGUCA